AUGGAUUCAUGCAGUUUUCAUAAUAAUAUUAAAGUUGAGAAGGCCAAUGCGAUUCGGAAAUAUCGCAGGCUUGAAAAGAUCUCAGCCAUGUUAAGGUUCAUAGAACUCGGUAUAUUUUUUGUCAUUCUUACCAGGUUUUCCACUCAGUUGCCUUUUGUUUUUAAGGUUCCUAGUGAGUUUUUCCAGGGUCUUUAUGUAACCUUGAUUAGUCCCCGGUUUGUUUUCGUCCUUGGGAAUGUGAUACUCGUCGUUCUUUUGAUGCAAUCUGGACAGUUUACACCCAAGGAUGGUGACAAAAACAGUAACAAGGUUGAUUUUUACGACGAAUAUAUGAAAAAUUGCAGAAAGAAUCAGCAGAAACAGCAAAUCAGCAGCACUCAUGAAGGGAGAAAAGUCACCUCUCUUUCCAGGGAAAGGAAGAUCCAAAAGUUUCACCCAGAGAACCUGGAAAGGAUGCACCAAGAGGAGCCUCACCGCCAUGAAUUGAAGCAAUCAACGACAGGAACAUGCCGGAAAAGUGUAAAUCAUAGCCAUAAUCCGAUCUAUCAGAACGGAAAACUCGUUUUGGAAAGUAAGAAACGGAUGGAUGCGUCCUAUGCUGAGGAUGAAAUGAGCAGUGAUGAAUUUAGACGCACUGUUGAGGCCUUCAUUGCUCGGCAGCAAAGGAUCCUGAGGGAACAUGAAAUUCUCACUGUUUUUCCCUAUGAAAAAUGA